UGACCGGGCAGGCGGCGCCCGUGGCGGGCCUGGGCCUGGGCUCCAACACGGAGCUGGAGAUCGAGCGGCGCUUCGUGCCCGACGAGUGCCCGCGUACCGUGCGCAGCGGCGACUUCGUGCGCUACCACUACGUGGGGACGUUCCCCGACGGCCAGAAGUUCGACUCCAGCUAUGACAGAGACUCCACUUUCAACGUGUUUGUGGGAAAAGGACAACUGAUCGCAGGGAUGGACCAAGCUCUGGUCGGAAUGUGUGUAAACGAGAGGCGUUUUGUGAAGAUCCCCCCAAACCUCGCCUAUGGAAGUGAAGGAGUUUCUGGUGUGAUCCCCCCAAAUUCAGUGCUUCAUUUUGAUGUUCUUCUGAUGGAUAUUUGGAAUUCGGAAGAUCAGGUUCAGAUUCACACUUAUUUCAAACCCCCCAGUUGCCCUCGGACCAUCCAGGUGUCGGAUUUUGUAAGGUACCACUACAACGGAACAUUCUUGGAUGGAACUCUGUUUGAUUCGAGUCACAAUCGCAUGAAAACAUAUGACACAUACGUAGGGAUUGGCUGGCUGAUUCCUGGAAUGGAUAAAGGGCUGCUGGGGAUGUGUGUGGGAGAAAAGCGCAUCAUCACCAUACCUCCUUUUCUAGCCUAUGGAGAAGAUGGAGAUGGGAAAGACAUUCCUGGACAGGCAUCUCUGGUGUUUGAUGUUGCAUUAUUGGACCUCCAUAACCCCAAGGACAGCAUCUCCAUCGAGAAUAAGGUAGUGCCUGAAAACUGUGAACGACGAAGUCAAAGCGGGGACUUUCUCAGGUAUCAUUACAAUGGCACGCUUCUGGAUGGCACACUGUUUGAUUCCAGCUAUUCGCGGAACCGCACCUUUGACACGUACAUUGGGCGGGGCUACGUGAUUGCCGGGAUGGAUGAAGGUUUACUUGGCGUUUGCAUUGGAGAAAAGCGGAGGAUUGUGGUCCCCCCUCACCUGGGGUAUGGCGAGGAAGGAAGAGGGAACAUCCCUGGCUCUGCCGUGCUGGUGUUUGACAUCCACGUGAUUGACUUCCACAACCCUUCAGACUCUAUCAGCAUCACCUCCCACUACAAGCCCCCCGACUGCUCAGUGCUGAGUAAGAAGGGAGAUUACCUCAAGUAUCACUACAACGCUUCUCUUCUGGAUGGGACCCUGCUGGAUUCCACGUGGAAUUUGGGUAAAACGUAUAAUAUUGUUUUGGGAUCUGGACAAGUUGUGCUGGGAAUGGAUAUGGGUCUCAGAGAGAUGUGCGUUGGCGAGAAACGGACUGUGAUCAUUCCGCCCCACCUGGGCUAUGGGGAGGCUGGCGUGGAUGGAGAAGUGCCCGGCAGCGCGGUGCUGGUGUUUGACAUCGAACUGCUGGAGCUUGUGGCCGGCCUGCCAGAAGGGUACAUGUUCAUAUGGAACGGCGAGGUGUCAGCCAACCUCUUUGAAGAAAUCGACAAGGAUGGUGAUGGAGAAGUCCUCCUUGAAGAGUUCUCAGAGUACAUUCAUGGCCAGGUGGCAUCUGGCAAAGGGAAACUCGCUCCUGGAUUUGAUGCUGAGAUGAUUGUGAAGAAUAUGUUCACCAACCAGGACCGGAAUGGAGAUGGGAAGGUCACAGCUGAGGAAUUUAAACUCAAAGACCAGGAGGCCAAACACGACGAACUCUAAACCUGACAUGAGCCACUUGUGUGACACCAAGCCCUCUGUCGUGGCAAAAAGUGCAGUGAGGGUCUCUCAGAAGAGAAUCGUCAGCAAGUAGUACAUGGGUCACAUAGUACCUGGGACAUACAUCAUGGUGGGUUGAUACACAUGGUGAGACUUUUAGGCUGAUGCUAAACCAAAUCAGUGCAGGUGCCUUAGCAUGGGCUGUGGAGAAUAUCGAAAAGGCUGCAUUGUCAGCCAUUGUUUUCUGGGUACCGUCUGGGUAGUUUUGUUAUUAAAGGAAAAUAGUGUCAUACAGAAGUUAUAACCAUCUUGGAGGGAACGGAAGAAAAAGUGUCUAGGUUACUUAUAUGAAGAGGAUUAAAAAUUUUUUUGGCCUGCUGGUGUUUUAAAAGUGUUCUCCAGAUGGGCAGAAAAGACAGAGGGCAUGCCUCAGCAGGACCCAGAUAGCCCAGAAAACUCUUCCCAGCGGCCCUUAGAGGCUCGGUAGUGCCCAGCCUCCACUGUCCCUCAGUACACACACACACACACACACACACACACACACACUUUUCUAGUUAAUCACACCCCACCUCACUGUGGUCUUCCUAUUGGCUGGGUAACUUGGGGGUUAAAAAGAAAAUCAGCAGACCAAAGGAAAGACUUCUUGGACCAUGAGUAGAGAAUUUGAUUCUGCAUUUGUCACAUAAGGUUAUCUGCUUCACUUUCUUACUCCCGUCACUCUGUCCUAUUGCACUGUCUUCCUGCCCUGAAUCCUUCAAUCAGAUGGAUACAUGGAGAGCUGGUGAGUAUUUCACUGUGGCCAAGGUGGAAAUGUCAUCCCAACAGAUGAGCAUAAACAGAGUGAUGUAUUUCUGCUGCUCAUACAUGCCCUGGAGAGAGAGGUGCCCAAGGCCUGUGGGCCUCUGGGUAGAACAGUAUUCCUGCUGGCCUGUCCCCAUGUUAUGCAGUAACCACCUUGCUGCCUCCUAAUGUCCUCUGUUCCCAAGUGGUGGUGGCACUUACCCUGAAGUAAUCAAUGAUUUUCCUUUUGAAACUGCUUUGUUUUACUAAUUUAAACUAUUUUGUACUGAUGUAACCCUGAGAUAGUUCAUGAAGAUGCUCUGCACUCAUUCAAUGGAAUAAAUGUUGGGAAAUGAACUUUUGACCUAUAAAGUAAUGAAUUACAUCAUCA